AUGUUUAGGUCAUCAUUAAAAAGCUUGACUAAUAGAAUAAUAUCCAGAUCAGUCACAACUAGAUCCUUGGAACGAUUGUUUAAUAAAAAACCAAUCCCUGGGUUAGUAUCCGUAGAAGGUUGGCAACGUGGAUGUAUUGACCGUAUUAACUAUUACUCAAAGAUGCUCAAUGAAUCCAUUAAAGGGAAUGAACUUUUAGAAAACAAAAGUGUCGAAGAAUUAAUAACUGAAUGUGGUAUGUCUCCUUCAAAAAGAAAUAUUGCAAAUUAUGCCUCCUUAUUAUAUAAUCUCGAGUUUUCUAUAUCUUCUCUAAAAGAUACUAAUAACGACAGUAGUACUAGUAAUGGAGACGCCCCUCUAUUAAAGGAAAAACCAACAAAAUUUUCUCUAUUAGAAACACCUGAUUUAUCUUUAGAUUUUAAUAACGAACCUAGAUUUACUGCGCAUACCCUAUUACAAAACGCUAUUGAAUCCUCGUUUAGUUCCAUGGUUCAAUUUAGAACUUUAUUACUUAACUCUAAUAUGGCCAUCUCCGGUGAUGGUUUUACAUGGCUAGUAGCGAGAAUAUAUAAACCAAAGAUCCAAACAAUGAAUAAUCAGAUGGUUGAUGACAUUAAAUACGAUAAGCUGUUUGUGUUUAACACCUAUAACGCAGGAUCACCAUUUAUUAUGAAUAAAUCUAAUCUAAUUAAUAAUUUGGAGAAAGAGUAUAAAAGAUUGGAAAAAGAGAAAACACAAAAUAACGAUUCAAAUUCACAAUCAAAUGUCUCAAAGUCUGCAUCUUCUUAUUAUAACGAAAUUUUAUCAUCGGAGGAAAUUAAAAAAAUCGCUUUUAAUGAUACCACUUAUGCUCCAUUGUUAGCAAUUGACGCAUCUCCAAAGUUUUGGUUAUAUGAUUAUGGUGUGUUUGGUAAAAAAGAAUAUUUAAACAGAAUAUGGGAUUCAAUUGAUUGGAGUAUUGUAGAGAGUAGACUUCCUCAAAAAUAUGAACUAAAAUAUGAUUGA